CGGAGGGUGCCAGCAUGGCUCUGGAUUUCCUCGCGGGAUGCGUCGGCGGUGCUGCAGGAGUGCUGGUAGGACACCCGUUUGACACUGUUAAGAUGACAGAUAAGCCUCAUCACGGGAGAGUUACCUAGUAAGUAUAGCCCAGGUGAACACUUCUGUUUCUCUCAGUCUUAAUUUAUUCCACAAUGUAUUAGUUCAAAUAAAGAUCUAAAAGACUUAUGAAGCUUUUUCCCUUUUUAGUUUUAUACUGUGUCCCUCUUCUACAGCUAUGGCAUGGAGGGAGCGGGGUUUAAAAAUACUUUUUUUUUAAAUGUAAAGUCUUAUUCUGAACCUUCUUUCUGGUAUGCAUUUCUGGCUGCACAUGUUUCCACAUACAGUGGCUCUAAAACAAUCUCAGGCAUACUGUUAUUGAGGUCUUAAACACUGCGUAUCCUUGGAGGUCAUUUUCAUUGCUCAAACACUUCUAAAUCACUUAAUUCGAACAUUAUUAGAUGUUUGGACUGUUGUGGGGGUGUGGUGGAUUAUUUUGCUUAGUCUAGAGUGCCUCUAUGCAAGUCUUUAGUGAUGUGAAAUUACAGUGCAUUACUAUUGGACCUAAAACUUUAGUAACAGUGGUUUCAAAUAAGGAGGAAGCAAAAAUAGAAUAUUGGGCAAUGAAUAGAACAGAGGGUUAAACUUUGCACAUGAUUCAUCCUUCCAAUAGUUGUACACACUAAAGAGCUUGUUGAAUAUGGCAUUUUAAUGCUAAUGAAAUAGAGUUCAUAUGUGUUCAUUGCCUGACCUGGCAGUUUGCUGAUUAUGUGUACCCCUGUGUGAUCAGCACUGUGCUCAUAUGAAAGAGCUGGUUUUCAUUCUUAGACCUAGAGUGUCAGUACUUACUUUCUAAAUAUUUUAUCCUACAACAAGGCUUCAUUGGUCAAUAUUUCACAAAUUAUUUAGACAAAAAUAGUGGGAGCUGUAUGCCACUAGGAAAUUCAACCUAUAUACAGAGUAUGACUAAUUGUAAACUUCUAAAGACAAGUGUAUAGGAACUUUAAAGCAAGAAGGUUCCUAAGCUGCAAUUCUCCCAAUUCCGCCCAUACAUGCGGAAGUCCCUUGACUUCACAGAUGGGAUUUGAAACGAUAGCAGUAAACUAUAAAUGGAGUAAAACCUUUGUUUUGGGCCAUUCUGACAGCUUGUUAAGAUUUAUGACCUUGCUUGUAGAUCUGCUUGUUGAGCAGGUUUAACAAUCUGCCUACCCUCUGUCCUGGGUUCAGCCCCCAAUGUCGCUUUGAGUAACAAAAGAUUUGUUUUCUUUGAAUCCUACCAUAAGCCUACUUUUAACACUAAAAUGUUUUAAAGCCCUCUUCCAUCUUGGAAGACCUGAGAUGAUCUUGGCCUCUCAGCAUGGCUAGCAAACACUAAUGUGCAUACUAAAAAGACACUGAAAACUAAACUUUUGAUUUACAAAACACAGCGACAUGUUGUAAGAAUAUAAAAAAACCUAAAACUGUAAAUAUUUAAUUUUUUGCCUCAAAAAGAAAGCUACCCCGAAUACAGAAUUUUGACAAACCGUGUCCCCAAAUCCUUUUCUCGAUCCACAUAGAAUUGCAGGUCUGUCAUUGUUGUGGUGGUGUUUAUUAUUACUUUAGGCAAACAAUGACAAAAAGAUCAUAAAGUCAGGAAUUUUUUACACAAAUCUGAUAAUAUUUUCUUCUGGUCAGACUAAGAGUCUUGAAGUUUUUUUUUCCCUGGACUUGCAGCAGCAUUAAAUGGCUGAUAAGCAUCUUUUCUGAGGAACACUGCAGGUUUCCAUGCUAGAGAUCAAAGACAGAUUUCUAACUGCCAAUCAAUUUAUUGAGUUUACUGCAGUGUAGGGCUUUGCAUGAACUAGGUAGCUUUGAGACUUUAAGUAAGUGUGCUGAGGACAAAUUAGCAGGAAAAAACAGAAUUUGACUAUCCCAUUAAAAGUUAAAAAACAUCUAGAAAAGGGACUUUCCCCUCAUGUCACCAGUUACAGUAACAUCUAUCUGCCCAGCAGAUCAUACCAUUUCAGUUUUAGAAAAGUUGUUAAUUGAUUACUAACAGUAAAGGUUUGAAAUGGCCACACCCUCACAAAUGGUUUGUAUUCAGCAGGUUAAAAAAAUACAGACAAAGAUUUAAAAGGACAAGUUCAUUUUUACUCCUUUCCUUAUGCAAAGACACAUCUUAAAGAGUCACUUCCCAGCUACCCUCUGAAAAAUACCAGAUGUCAGUGAAGGGUCCUCAGGUCUGGCAGCAGAAACACUGUGGGGGUGGUGGUGAAAGUUUCUGUCCUUUUAAAAUUAUCCUUAUUUCACACUUAGAAUUUCAUUGAAAAAUAUUUACAUCAGGUUUGUACAAAUAUUCCUUAGUGCGAACAGAAGUAUUUUUGGCAGCUAAAGAAAGUACUUAUUUUAGUCAGUACUGGAAACUCCUAUCUGAAAUUCUAGAUAAGUGAACCCUCUUGUACUUCCACGUAGUGUUUUUCUAUUAUUCACAAGUAGUUCAUAAUCCUCCUAGUUUCAUGUUUUCACCCCCAAAAUUAAUUCAAAAUGUAUUUCUAAAUUAUUUUGCCACAUGUGGCAUUCCAGUGUCCAACCUGUGAUAUACACUGCUAUACCAAAUCUCCAUACACAUACAAGACACUAAUUUACCAAUUAGGCUGCUCUUGACAUACAAAUCGGUACCUUGUACAACUCUUUAUAGGUUCGUCUGCAAGUUCAAAAUGUAGAGAAACCUCUCUACCGUGGGACCUUCCAUUGCUUUCAGUCCAUCAUAAAGCAAGAAUCUGCUUUUGGACUCUAUAAAGGUAUUGGGUCACCAAUGAUGGGACUCACCUUCAUUAACGCACUUGUGUUUGGUGUACAAGGAAACACACUUCGUGCUCUUGGAAAAGACACUCCUCUAAACCAGUUCCUUGCAGGGUCAGCAGCAGGGGCUAUCCAGUGCAUCAUCUGCUGUCCCAUGGAGUUGGCAAAGACAAGAAUGCAGCUUCAAGGCACAGGUGAAUACAAACUAAAAACAAAGAACUACAAAAAUUCUCUGGAUUGUUUGAUCAAAAUCUAUCGAAAGGAAGGGCUUAGGGGUAUCAACAGGGGCAUGGUCUCUACAUUCAUAAGAGAGACUCCAAGCUUUGGCUUUUACUUCCUGACCUAUGACUGCAUGACCAGGUAUUUAGGCUGUGAAGCUGAAGACAGUUAUGUUAUUCCAAAACUGCUGUUUUCUGGAGGGAUGUCAGGAAUAGUAUCCUGGCUCUCAACCUAUCCCAUGGAUGUGAUUAAAUCCCGGCUUCAGGCUGAUGGAGUCGGAGGCGUUACACAAUACAAUGGCAUUUUAGACUGUGUCAGAAAGAGUUACCAUGAAGAAGGCUGGAGGGUGUUCACAAGAGGUCUUACUUCCACACUUCUCCGUGCUUUUCCUGUCAAUGCAGCUACCUUUGCUACUGUCACUGUGUUCCUAAUGUAUAUGAGAUCAGAAGAUGAUCUUCGUGAAUGUGAACCAGGUCCAGUAAUACAGCAGCCUUCCAGUUUGUGAACCUUAUCUCUUUGUUAUCCUGAUCCAAAGCCUGGCUGCUUGGGAUUUUUGAGUUUUAACACAACCCACACAAGUGAUGUAAGCAUAUGCUAUCUGUAUAAAGAACUCCUAAAUAUGUCAAGUUAGGAUUUCAUCUCAUUACUUGUAUAAAAUACAUACUGCCUUAUUAAGGACUUCAUAUCUAGUAGUAUGCAAGUAAGAUGGGAACCUGCCUUUAGAAAGUGCUGUACAGUCACUCUUGCAGCUCCAGAUUUGGAUCUGGAGAAUGUCGCAGUACCAGAAAUCAGGUUUUCUUCCACUCAUGUUCUGAAUGACUGAGUUGAAUGCAGAAAUGUUUUCAGAGAAUAAAUGCUUUUUUUGUAUGUAACAGGAGUAAGUACAGUCCUCUAAGGUGAAGUGUGGGGGGAAAUGAAAUGUUGGAGGCAUUUUGCAGGUAACCCUGAACUGUUUAAGACAUGAACUAGCAUUCAGCUAGCCAUGUGUUCUACUUUUCUUCUGCCUUUAUACGUCAGUAUUUUAGUAGCAACUUUGUUCAUACUGGUUUGCUAAGAAAAAGAAAAAAACCAAACAAAAAAGUUAUUUGUUCCUAAGCCACUCCCUCACCUUUCAGCUUUGAAUAAAUAUCUUAAGCACAAACUUAGCAUCUGUACUCAUAUGCACUUGUUCCUUUAAAUCUCAAGGCUUGUAAGGAUUUAGGGAAACUCAAAUCUAGUAACACUGAUGUUAUUUGCCUUCACCUCUAUUUCUCAUUUGGCAGCGCACAAACUCCAUUCAGCCGAAGUAGACUUUGUUCUCUGAAGUUAAUGCAACUUUGCCCCCCUUACCCCAAUAUGCCCCAUAGCAGCCAGUGAUGUACAGAAAUCAAAGUCCUACCUGUGGUAUUGCACAAACAUUUGUGGGUACAAUAUUAGCUUAGCAGCUUGAUGUACUGCAGAAAUAGGUACAUGUGUAGAACUGGAGGUUUCAUACCUUCCCAGAAAAUACAGGUGUAAGCACCUGAAAUGGUUGGUGUUCAAUACACUUGUAUUAAGAAUUUCAACAACACUGAUUUUUAUGUAUUUACUUACAGUGCUACUGGAUAGAAGCCUGAACAGGGUUUUGGAGAAUUUUCUUGUUACAUUAAUCCGCUGUGAUUUCUUUUUCUUUAGCAGUCUGUUCAAUAGGGACUGCAUUAGUUCAAAGAUCUAUAAACAGUUCUUUAAGAUUUAGAAUAAGAACUACACAUAUUUGGCACAAGUAGUCAAGAGGAAGGAGUGCGUGUGUGCGAGGAAUGUUCUGAAACAUAAUGAACUACUUCAGUAAGUAUUAACUUGUUACACUUUUGGUUGGGGCAAGUGCAAUAUGUGUUUAAUUUAUAUGAAUUUUCUAAAGAAACUUAUUUCACAGUAUUUUGCACUGUAACAAAAUAUGCUGGAGAAACCUGUAAAACUGGUAUGUCUUUUUAUACCUUGGAGGUAUGUUGGAUGUUUUAGUGCCUACUUGCACUGAAAUUCAAAUUGAAUGUUAAAUCUAUCUACUAAGCUGCAUAUGCACAACAACUCACAACAAAGACCAUUUACACCUUUGUACAGUCAUCUGUAAUUACUGUAUAUAAAAUUGAGGGAAUAAAUUUUUUAAAAAUUUUGA